AUGGCGGCAAUGGGUCGUGAGAGUGGAGAUGUGGACGUUAGGCAAAAGGAAUAGAAACAGCGGAGUAUUGCAUUCGGUAGAGUUAUUCACGCUGCCGGUUUAGUGUAAGAAAAGGCUCAAAAUGUGGGAGGAGGCGGAGAAUUCCGUGAUUUUGUUGUGCCUUACCGCUAGUAGUGGAGUGCCCUUAUACUGUAGGAGCAGAGGAGGGUCUACGAAACAGCAGUUACCCUUUUCUGUCAUUGGCUCCUUGAAUGGGGUUCAUAUGUUUGGUUCCAAUUUAGAUGUCCAGCUGAUAGCAGCCCGUACAGAGAAUACUCAUGUGAUGUGGAAAGUGUUUCAUAAUAGUGUCACCCUCAUUGUCUUGUCCUCAGAAGAAGAUGCCAGUGACUUCAGUCUUGGAAGGCUUCUUGAGAAUGUUUUCAAUGCCAUGGUACUAAUACUGGGCCUGGAGGAACUAACGAAUGUUCGUAAUAUUGAACGUCUCAAAAAGGAUCUCAAGUCAUGUUAUAAACUGAUUGACAGUUUCCUGGAACGGGGCAAAAGUUUUGCUGAUUUGACCCAGUGUGUGGAAUGUAUUAUGAUGCCCUCCAGAGCAAUUAUGCAGGAAUGCCUAGAAGCCUUUGCCUCUGCAGCAGAAUCCCGGUUUGGUUGCCUGCUUGUGGGCAGUCAUAUCUUAUGUGCAACUGAACAGUGGUGGCAGCUUGCAGCCCCAGAGGCCAUGCUGCUGGUGUGGCUUGUACGUUCACUUUCUCCACAUAGUUCCCGCGAUCUGCCUGUUUACCUUCCCCAAGGCAGUCCCACGGUUCCUCACCGUUUCCUGACUUUUCAGCUUGUGCCUGAUAUGCAAAUAGUAUUGCUCUGUGGGCCUAAUCCCUCUUUACAGUGCCUGACUGAUGAGCUAGUUAAUAAAUUUUGGCAACCACUGCUGGAUCUGCUGAAGGCAACUGCCAGAGGCCCUGCCAGAUGCCUACCACCUGGCAUUGUCCUUUCUCCUGGUAUCCUGGGGUUACUGCUAAUUAAUCAAGACCAAAGGAAAAGCCUCUUUACGUUGCAUCCUCAUGGGGCUUCAACUGAAGGAUCUGAAAUGUCCACAAAGAAUCGGCUCUGUGCCCUCCGUUCUUUCUAUGCUUUAGUUACUUCCUUGUACUUUCCUUGUGAGAAGCAAGAAGAAUACACAGUCCCUCUGCAGGAGGACUUUCAUGCUGGGUUUUCCCAUUGUCCUCAGCACUGUUAUAUGGUCUACACUACGCACAAAGCCUAUGUUAUUCAUGAGAGGCAGCACCAGCUCUUCUUAAUCGUGAAGUCAGAUGUACCUACCUUUGCUUUACGAUCCUUAGCAACCUGCACACUACAGGCUCUCACAGCUGAAGAUUCGGCCUUUUGACUUAUCUUGUUGAACUCGAUGAUGAAAUUUGGAGUGGUGAGCUAG